UCUUGUAAAUUUCUAUUGAUUUGGCAAAAAACGUUUUGCCACGCCCACUCUAACGCUCACAAACCGCCAAAAACUGUCAGUGUUGAAGACUCUUCUCUCUAUCAGAUAGUCGGGGAACUCGACUAUAGCGUUCUCUCUUGUUUUAUAGUAAACUGGUUGGCCUUAUCAGAACUCAGUAUGGACCAUUACUAAUGUUCCAAAACGGCAUAAAAUUAAACUUUCACAUUUGUAAAGCUCCUGCUAAAAAUGAAGGUACUAAAAAAGUAAUUUUAUUUGGACUUUGCCCGGUUUUUGGCGAUAAUUACUGUAGUUCGUCGCAGCUCGAUAGCCAGAUACGAUCUCAAAUUUAAUUUACCGUUAAGCUUUGUUGCCCCAUAACCAAACUCAUCAGUAUUAUUCCGGUCGGCAAGUGUGUAGCUUCAAAAAAUAAAUUAACAUGAAUAACUCCCGCAUUCUGAGAACAACAAACGUCAUGCUUUUAGUUAUGGGUUAUCAAAGGCAUUGGUUUGAAAAAAAGUCGCAUAGAUUCCGAUUUUUCCUUCCCAGUGUAGUUUACAUCUUUGGCCUCGGAGUGGUUUAUGCCGCGUGCUUCUCCCAACAUUUCGAUACGUCGUCAUCUACACUAAAUGUUUUGCAAGAUAUAUCACCUUUUUUAUUUGGAUUAAUCAGGAUGCAGCUUAUUUUGGGAGCAAAAGCAUUUCUUUAUGUGAUCUAUUCUUCGGUGAAAUCUGUGAGUGCUGUUAACUCCCUGUUGAAAGCUCUACCAAUUAGGAAUUCCGAAUUUAAAAAAGAUGAGGGCCUGGCCUACGUUUUAUUGUGUUCAACCUUUUGGAUACUCUGCUGUUUCGUGAUCUACAUAGCAUAUGAAAUGAAAUUUGAGCCACCUCCCGUGCAAGAUGCUAUGCUUGGAAUGGCUCUAUUCUUUCCUCAUCUUAUUUUAGCUGGGUCACUGAGAUUGUACAUAGUAUUCUCUUGGUUGAGUCGAGGACAACUUAAAGAGCUUAAGAAAAAUGUAGAAGAGGAGUUAAGUGCCAAUUUGACGAAGGACACUGCGAAUAUUGCUUCCACUUCUGUUACUGUUUCUACGAAAAGCUUGGAAAAUUUAAAGACAAAACUCGAGAUUCUGGGAACCAGUUUUUUAAUUUUUGUCCAAACUUUAAAAUAUUCUAUGAUGUUUCUUUUUGCCUUGUACGCAAACUGCCUUUUGGGAGGAAUCUAUUCCUUUACAUACUACUGGAAUACUUGGUCCGUUUUGUUCGACGGCCGCAAGCGAAGAAUCUUUUAUGCGGCAAAUGCCUCCAUAUACGCCUGUAUUGUCAGUGAUUACAUCUGCCUGAUGGUUGUUUUGUUUAUGAUGGAGAACGAGCGGCGAAACUUUAUUGAGGCUAUAGGUUUCUUGCUGGCACAGAGGAAAUUGUUAUCAAAAAAAUUCAGACCUAUCGCAAAAGAUUUAAAAGGUGUUUUAGAAACCAAAUUUUGUAGUAAAUUUGUUGGGCCUUUUCAGUUAAAUAUCAGUUACGUCAGUUUGGUGAUAUGCGUUCAGAUGAUAAUAAUAACAUUGAUUGUGGCUAUUCGUCAUCUGAAAGACGAAAUUUUGUUGCUAAAAGAAGAGUUUAGCAGCACAGAGGAUAAAUAAUAAUAUUUUUGUCUCCGUAUUGUUGCUGUCCACGUCGAUUCAAACAGGAAGAAACAACAAAACACGAUUAAGUUACUAAUAAAAUGGUUUAAGGGAAAUGUGUGCGGUUUCGCUAGAGAUGAGCAAAAUACUGAAAUACGCAGCUUCCUGAAUAAAUUAACCCCUUGAUAAGACGGAAGCGAAAGACUAUGCAUACUACCUGGUAUUUUUUUAUUUUAAAUGGAUUUCUGAACAUUAAAAUAUAUUAACAUCACUUAAAUUUUUAAUAAUUUCCUUUUGCUCUUCGGCUUGUAUGAAUACGAACCUAAAAUUGCCACCCAAUGCAACCAU